AUGCCCGGUUCUUGUGUUAACAACCAGGUUGGUAAUCAGCCAGCUCCGCUACAUUCUACCGGGAUCUCUAAUCCCAAUCUCCCAGACGACGAGGCCCCCUUCGACGCCUCUCCAAGAUCUACUACUUCUACUAACGACGCCAACCGUCACUCAACUCGGCUGGCCAACCUCCCUGCAGCCCCUGGGCUCGACUUCCCUACAAGCAGAGCUACCAAGGGCAAAGAUUCUAAUUCAAGCUCCUGCUCGAAGAUUCCAAGACCCCCGACCCCUAGGGAACUUGCACUCCCCAAGGGAACUGAUGUACAACUUCGAGCUGAAAUCGACGCCCUCCACGGCGACAUCCAAGCUACUGUCGACCGAUUCGCGUCGGUUGACGAAAGAUUCGACUACAUCGAGCACGAGAUCGGUACUUUGACUACUACGGUCAACUCCCUUUCGUCGGAUGUCACCCUCAUGAUCGACAAGCUUAACGACGUUCUCGACAAGAAGCCAGACUCGACUUUGUGUCCCCCCUCUACU